AUGGUCAACACGCUCCAAAGGGAGGACACAGACAGUGAAGAAGUCAGCAACGUAUACAUAAAAGGUGCAGAUAUUGUGAUCAACUGUUGUCUCGUCCAUCUCAGUGUCCUUGUGGGUGUGUUUGGAAACACCGUUACCCUCAUCAUUUUAUCUCGCAGUGCCGUCAGAGAUACAACUAGUAUCAUUCUGAUGUCAAUGGCCGCCUGUGAUACGUGGUUCCUGGUCAACCUGUCUGCUAGAAAGUGCGACUGUUUGAUGGCCAGAUUCGACCCAGUUCUGGUAGACAUUUAUAACGCUUAUACUGUGUCGUACGUCCGCAGGCCAGGUCGUUGGGCCGCAUUCGUGGCGGUCUCACAUACAACUCUCAUCUCCUGCGAGAGACUGCUGUCUGUUUUCUUCCCUCUGAAAGUCUCACGAAUGGUCAACAGACGGACCAUUCUGACAGCUUUGUUAGGUAUUUAUCUCUCGUGGCCUGUGUGCGUCGUACCGUUUGCUGCCUUCAACUACCGGAUAGAGUGGAGUUUUAACAACUUCUACAACAGGACGAUGCCUGCCAUUCAUGAGACCCAGUGGUUCACCGACAACAGGCUCGUCUUGGACAUCAUCAACGAUCUGGUCAUCACCAUGGUCACAUUUUCAUUUGCUGCCCUGGUGGCAGCCAAUUCCUGUGCUACUGCAUGCAGACUCAGUCAAGUGGCAAAGCAGCGUAGUAUGAUGGUUUCUAAGAAGAUGGAGGGGAGUCGAAUCGACAUCAAGGCGUCCCGAAUGUUGCUGGUUGUCUGUUGUGUAUUUAACAUCUGCAACUUCCCAGGCUUUGUUAUCUGUAUCUAUUUCUACCUGGACUCGUCCUUGAGACCCCCUGACAGACUACACAAGUUGUUGAGCGACGUCGAGGGGCUGCUGCUGGCUGUCAAUGCGGCCUCCAACUUCUUCGUCUACACUCUGAUGUCUGCCAGGUUUUACAAUGCUGUGGUUGCUUUGAUCGGAUGUGGAAGAGAGAUAUGA